CAGACAUUCGACAUAGUACUCAGUACUUUUGUGAAACGUCGUGGAAGAAUAUUCGAAAACGGAUAUUUUCUUGAAAGAAAGUGCGAGAUCACUUUGGUAUUAACAAGUUGUCGCUGUUAGGAAUUCAUGUGACGCUUUCAGAUAAUGUUAGGCGAUUAUUGAUACGGAUGCUUCUUCAUAUCAAGUAAGCUCAUCUUUAUUGUUCUCAGAGAUGUACUUGGUGCAAGCAUGUUUUGUAUUAAUUUUAUUACUGCCAAGUUGCGACUGCCUGGCCCGGAGAUGUGUAUCUUACUCCAAGCCAGGGGAUGUCGUCAUUGGCGGAUUGUUUCCUAUCCAUUACGUGGCCGGGCCGGGGCAGUGUACGGACCGUCAAUCGCGAUGGGGGACCAUGCUCUCCGAAGCCAUGAUCUACGCCGUAGAACAGAUCAACCGGCGGGAGGAUGUCCUGCCGAAUGUCACGCUGGGCUACGACAUCAGGGAUGAUUGUCGUUCCGACGACGUAGCCCUGUGGCACGCCUUAGCGCUUGUCAACGCCUUGAAUCCCAACGAGACGUCGGGGUUGUGUCAGGCACAGCACGGGGCCAAAGUCUUGGGCAUCGUCGGUACGUCAGAAACCGAUACAAGCAUCGUAGUCACCAAGGCGGCCGCCAUGUACAAAGUGCCACUGGUCUCCUAUGCCGCCGCCGGUGACGAGUUGGGAGACAACUUCCGAUUUCCAUAUUUCCUUCGAACUGUGCCGGAAAACUCUUUGCAGGUUCGGGCAAUGCUAGAUAUCAUUUACACCCUUGGUUGGGUCUAUGUGUCGCUGCUCCAUUCUGUCGAGUCGGAUUAUCUUCUUAGUGCGCUCCGAUUUCAAGAGAUAGCAGCAGACUAUAAGAUCUGUGUGGCCUACUCAGCAGCCAUCAGGACGACGGCAGAUGACAAGGAAGUGAACCAAAUCGUGGCCAACUUGGACCGGUACCCCAAGGCCAAAGUAGUGGUUGUCAUUGGAGACAAAUUCACCGGCCAGAAAGUCAUGCGAGCCGGUCAGAAGGCCGGGAUGGUUGGCCGGUACCAAUGGAUCGGUGGGUCUCGAUGGGGUUACCUGAUGAAAGAGGAGGGACUAGCUGAUAUCUCCGACGGAGCCAUCUUCGUCAGAAGCUACAGUGUGCCCGUGGCGGGCUUUGAGGCAUUUGCCCGGGCCAAAGAGCCAUUCGAGCCCUACGUCUCCCCUUGGUAUAAAGACUUGGCCGUGAAUUGGAUGCAGGACAACAACUGCAUCAACAUAACAGAUUGCCCUCUGCACGUUGGUGACUCGGGAGCGCAGGUCGUCGACAGCGUGCACGCCAUCGCGUUUGCCUUCCAUAACGUGAUGAUGGAAAGCUGCGCCAAUGUCAGCGAUUGUCAAGUCGGUGAUAUCGCUACGGAGGAGGAGUUUCUGCAGAAACUCCUGGCUGUCAAUUUCACCGCAGUAGACGGAGAAGCCGUCCAUUUCGACAGCUCGGGCAACUCCGGUGGCAAGUUCAACGUCACAAACCUGAGGGAAGACAGCGGAGAGCACCAGGUCGGACUGUGGCAUUCGGCUCCCAAGACGGUCGGCGAACGCCUGGAGAUCAAGCAGGAUAAGAUUCGAUUCCUCAACAAGAGCUGGAGUCGGCCCGCCUCGAUCUGCGUCGAGGAGUGUAGAGCUGGGUAUGUGGUUGUGCCGUUGGAAGACAAAUGUUGCUGGGGAUGUAAGGCGUGUUCACCGAAUGAAAUCGUGGUCAAUCACACACAGUGCUACCGGUGUCCAACCAAGGAGAGGCCGGACGCCAACCGGACCUAUUGCCUGCCCAUCAUUCCCUCCACCAUCAGCUGGACGGAGACGCCGGUCCUGAUCAUCCUGGUGCUGUCCGGGUUUGGAAUCGUCCUGUGCUCGCUGACCAUCACUGGCCUGUUCGUGUACGGAAAGCACCCUCUGAUCAAGGCCAGUAGUCGGGAGCUGUCUAGCAUUAACGUGGCUGGUCUCACCCUGACGUUCCUGACCUGCGUGGUGCUGCUGGUAAAGCCCACCCGUGCUUCUUGCAUUACUGUGGAACUUGUGCUUGCUCUGUGCAGCACGCUGAUCUACGCGCCCACCUUGCUGAAGGUGAUUCGGAUCUUUCGCAUCUUUCGAAAAGCCCGCAAGUCGACCCAGAGGCCCAAGUUCAUCAGCCCUAAGCAUCAAGUCAUCGCUUGUCUGACUCUCCUCGCAAUCCAGGUGAUGUUGUCCAUUCUGUCGGCUAUCCUGGCGCCAUCCACACCCGUCGAGUUGAUCAGUCAAGUUGGGGAACUGUACCUGGAACUCUUCUGCUCCUUCGGGCCUGGCUUCAUCGCCUCCUGUGCCUACAACCUCCUCCUGAUCCUAGCCUGUUGCUUCUUCGCCUUUAAGGCCCGCAAGGUGCCCAGCAACUACAACGAGUCCAAGUUCAUCGCGGUCAGCGUCUAUUCCACCCUGGUGCUGUGCCUGGCCGCGGUGCCCGUCUACGCCACGGCCGUGGCCGCGCUGCACAAGGUGGCCACCGUCUGCUACGCGGUCAUUCUCAACGCCUACCUGACCCUGGUCUGCCUCUACCUGCCCAAGUUCUACGCCGUAAAGUUCGUGGGGAGCGAUGACACGACUACCAGCGACUGGAGAGGCACCGGUGCUUUUGGCAGGACGGUUAUGUCAUCCAACAAAAUCGCACCGUCCACAUCGGGAACCAACGACCCCACGGCGUGAAACAAAGGAGGGAGCGAAAUAGCACGGUGAAAAUGGAACAAAACAUUUUGUUAUACCUCGGUAAUAGAUCGUGAUGUUUUAUUGGUCGAGAACCGAGCAUGUGAUGUGCCACAA